AUGGAUAUUGAAUUGGAUCAAGCUAGUCUACAGAAGGCUUUUCAAGCUCGUCCAGAUAUACAGAAUGCCAUAGCAGCAGCAUCGCAGGCUGGCCCAGAAUACAUCGAGCUCUUUAAUCAGAUUUCAUUACACGUCUGCGAGACGAUAUCCCAGCAAAUCUCAGAACCAGCUUCAAAGAAGCGCCGCAUAGAUGAGAGCCUCGCAAGUCGAAGUAUCCCGAAUGGCAGAAAUAGCGCAAACACCGCCGGAAGUGCACCUGCCACUGGAGAAGAUCCAAUUUUGCUUGAGAUCAAAGAGAUUUCUGUGGUGAUACCACAGCGCAAGAAAUAUAACCUUUGCUUCACAUCGACACAUCUCUACGCACGAUUACCGACCUCUGAGGAGCCAGCAUCUGGCAUGAGCUAUGCCUGGAAGGACAUUGCCUCUGCAUCACCCAUACCUGAACCUUUAGUCUUUACGAUUACAGACGGCGCCGCAAAACCGGGGAUUAUUGGUGGAACGGAUAGUUCAGCAGCUUCAGCGGUCUCUGAUGACUACAAAACUCUUCUCACCUGGGCUCUUUCCUCCUUCUUAAAGGCUGCUGGUAAUACCCUCAAGAUCACAGAGUCUGACCCUAAGAUAUUUGCCAGCGCAGUCAAGCAAAGCCACCGACCAAACGAGAAAGCGGUGCACGUCAGAGCAUUCAGAGGAUCCAAAGAUGGAUAUCUGUUUUUCCUGCCUACUGGAAUUCUGUGGGGAUUCAAAAAACCAUUAUUGUUUUUACCACACAAUCGCAUCACUGGGCUAUCUUUCACAAGCGUCUUACAACGUACUUUCAAUCUUUCACUCGAGAUUGACAUGUCAGUCCCAGGCGGCGGAAACACCACCGAGGAAAUGGAAUUUCAGAUGAUAGACCAAGAAGAUUUUGCCGGCAUAAAUGAAUUUGUACAAAGACAUGGAUUGCAAGAUAAGAGUAUGGCCGAACAGCGUAAGGCCAAGCGAUUGAAUGUGAACGUGGUGAAGGAUGAAGAUGGGAACGUAGUCGGGAACGCGGAAGCGGGAGAGUUGGAAAGGGCGGCGCAGGAAGCUGAACAAGCAGCAAUGGAUGAAGAAGACGAAGACGAAGAGGACUAUGAUCCGGGAAGUGAGGGCGAGAGUGAAGGGAGUGGCACGAGUGAUAGUGAGGAGGAUGAUGACGAGAAUGGAGAGAGUAGCGGUGCCGAGGAGGAUGGUGAAGAUGAUGAGGAUGUGAAUGAAAAGAAUGGGGAGGAAGAAUUGUAG